AUGAGCACGGCGUCGUCGAUCUGGCGGAGGUCGACGUCGACGGGCGCCGUCGCGGACCAGCACAGCUUGGCGAAGUGCGGUGUUGCGCGGAGGCCGUUGGUGUGCCGCUGCAGCUGGACCCGCUGGCCGUUUUGCGCGGGCGCCACGCGCGUCACUGGGUCGAGCGACACGGACAGCACGUUGAGGCCAAGCUGGAGCGGCGGGGCCCCGUCAGGAGCGGUGGUGUGCGGUAUUUCGCCGCGCGCGGGCACAAACGACAGCGUUUCCGUGUUCGCGAGCGCCAGCGAGCACCAAACAAGACAGAGCACGAGCUGGAUAUAUUUCAUAUUCGAUAACGAGACACACCUGGCACCGGUGUUUUUGUUUAUGAAAAGAAUUUGGACUCCUUACGUUGACAUUAUGACAUUGGGAAUUUCGCAGAGCACCGAGACCAGAGAGGAGGCCACACUGAAGAAGUCGCCGUCGAUCACCAACAUCUCGAAGUUUGCACAGCCGAAACCGCUUCCGCUCAGCUUCAACAUGAAGAUCAGCGAGGAGCUGGCCGAGAUCAGGACGGCGUUGACGGACCUGAAAGCGCGGUCGAAAAACAACAACCAGAGUCUGGCGAAGCUGAACGAGAAUCUGGCCACGUUUAACGAGACGACGGGCGGCACGGAGCGGAAAGAGCUCCAGACACUGGUCGAACAGCUACGCGAGAUUGUCGAGGAAUUGAGAGCAACAAAGGGGCCGGGAGAGGGAGAAACGGAUAGAGAGGCUAGCGGUCUGGCGAAGAACCAGAUAGUGGCAGACCAGAGCUACGUGGAAGCCCUCCGUGCCGAGCAGACGGAGCUACUUCAGAAAAACAAAGCGGCCACAGAAGAGCUUCUGCGCACAGAACUGGCCGCGUCUCAGCUGCGCGCCAAAUGCGCUCAGUACGCCGUACACCUGAAGACUCUCCGGAGCGAGUUCCAGCAGCUCGAGGCGGAGAAAGAGCACCUGAUCAGCAAUCUAGUGCACGAAAAACAGAACAGCCACGCUCCGAGCGGUCAGAAACUGCUGGAUCUGCUUUCAGCAGCGUCACUCGACAGCGAAGACACCUCCCGAGCAGGCCCGCGCGCAGAAAACAAGGAGAACCACCGCAUUUUCAGCUCCGUGUAUUAA